CUGCCUUACAGGCCAGGCAGCAGUAAGCAUGGCCUCACGCAGGUCCCCGGAGUCCCUGCCGGAGUUACCAGAACAGAACUGCGAGUACCGAGAAGUCCAGUACUGGGACAAGCGCUACGUGGGCUCCGCCGACUCUGCUCCCUACGAGUGGUUCGGGGACUUCGCUUCUUUCCGUGCCCUACUAGAGCCGGAGCUGCGGCCGGAGGACCGUAUCCUCGUGCUAGGCUGUGGGAACAGUGCCCUGAGCUAUGAGCUGUUCCUUGGAGGGUUCCCUGAUGUGACCAGUGUGGACUACUCAUCAGUAGUGGUGGCUGCCAUGCGGGCUCGUUAUGCCCAUGUGCCCACACUGCGCUGGGAGACCAUGGACGUGCGGGCACUGGGCUUUCCCAAUGGCUCCUUUGAUGUGGUGCUUGAGAAGGGCACGCUGGAUGCCCUUUUGGCUGGAGAGCGAGAUCCUUGGACUGUGUCCUCUGAAGGCAUCCACACUGUGGACCAGGUGCUGAGUGAGAUGGUGGAGUACAAACGGGCCACGCUGCGGGAUGAAGACGCACCGGAGACCCCCGUAGAGGGCGGGGCCUCCCCGGACGCUGUGGAGGUGGGAUUCCAGAAGAGGAGAAGACGCCUCUUAGGCUUGCACACCCAGCUGGAGCUGGUCUUGGCAGGUGUCUCUCUACUGCUGGCUGCACUGCUUCUGGGCAGCUUUGUGGCCCUAGGGGUCCAGUACCGCAGAGACCCGUCCCACAGCACCUGCCUCACAGAGGCCUGCAUUCGCGUGGCUGGAAAAAUCCUGGAGACCCUUGACCGUGGGGUGAGCCCCUGCGAGGACUUUUACCAAUUCUCCUGUGGAGGCUGGAUUCGGAGGAACCCCCUGCCGGUCGGGCGUUCUCGCUGGAACACAUUCAAUAGUCUCUGGGACCAGAACCAGGCCAUACUGAAGCACCUGCUUGAAAACGCCACCUUCAAUUCCAGCAGUGAAGCUGAGUGGAAGACACAACGCUUCUACCUAUCCUGCCUAAAGGUGGAGCGCAUUGAGGAGCUGGGAGCUCAGCCGCUGCGAGAUCUCAUUGAAAAAAUCGGUGGCUGGAAUGUUACGGGGCCCUGGGACCAGGACAAUUUCAUGGAGGUGCUGAAGGCAGUAGCAGGGACCUACAGGGCCACCCCCUUUUUCACCGUCUACAUCAGUGCUGACUCCAAGAGUUCCAACAGCAAUGUCAUACAGGUGGACCAGUCUGGGCUCUUCCUACCCUCUCGAGAUUAUUACCUAAAUAGGACAGCCAAUGAAAAAGUGCUUACUGCCUACCUGGACUACAUGGAAGAGCUGGGAAUUCUGCUGGGCGGACAGCCAGCCUCCACGCGGGAGCAGAUGCGGCAGGUGCUAGAGCUAGAGAUACAACUGGCCAACAUCACAGUGCCCCAGGACCAGCGGCGGGAUGAGGAGAAGAUCUAUCACAAGAUGAGCAUCGCAGAGCUGCAGGCCCUGGCGCCUUCCAUGGACUGGCUGGAGUUCCUGUCUUUCCUGCUGUCACCGCUGGAGUUGAGUGACUCUGAGCCUGUGGUGGUGUAUGGGACAGAUUAUUUGCAGCAGGUGUCAGAGCUCAUCAACCAAACGGAGCCAAGCGUCCUGAACAAUUACCUGAUCUGGAACCUGGUGCAGAAGACAUCCUCAAGCCUGGACCGACGCUUUGAGUCUGCGCAAGAGAAACUGCUGGAGACCCUCUAUGGCACCAAAAAGUCCUGCGUGCCAAGGUGGCAGACCUGCAUCUCCAACACAGAUGACGCUCUUGGCUUCGCUUUGGGCUCCCUUUUUGUCAAGGCCACAUUUGACCGGCAAAGCAAGGAAAUUGCAGAGGGGAUGAUUAGCGAGAUCCGAACUGCCUUUGAGGAGGCCCUGGGACAGUUGGUUUGGAUGGAUGAAAAGACCCGCCAGGCAGCCAAGGAGAAAGCAGACGCCAUCUAUGAUAUGAUCGGUUUCCCGGACUUCAUCCUGGAGCCUAAAGAGCUGGAUGAUGUUUAUGAUGGGUAUGAAGUCUCUGAAGACUCCUUCUUCCAGAACAUGUUGAAUUUGUACAACUUCUCUGCUAAAGUGAUGGCUGACCAGCUCCGAAAGCCUCCCAGCCGGGACCAAUGGAGCAUGACCCCCCAGACAGUGAAUGCCUACUACCUUCCGACCAAGAAUGAAAUCGUCUUCCCUGCCGGCAUCCUGCAGGCUCCCUUCUAUGCCCGCAACCACCCCAAGGCCCUGAACUUUGGUGGCAUCGGCGUGGUGAUGGGCCACGAGUUGACACAUGCCUUUGAUGACCAAGGGCGUGAGUAUGACAAGGAAGGGAACCUGCGGCCAUGGUGGCAGAAUGAGUCACUGGCAGCCUUCCGGAAUCACACGGCCUGCAUGGAGGAGCAGUACAGCCAGUACCGGGUCAAUGGGGAGAAACUCAAUGGUCGCCAGACGCUGGGAGAGAACAUUGCAGACAAUGGAGGGCUUAAGGCUGCCUACAAUGCUUACAAAGCGUGGCUGAGGACGCACGGGGAAGAGCAGCAGCUGCCAGCUGUGGGGCUCACCAACCACCAGCUCUUCUUUGUGGGAUUUGCCCAGGUGUGGUGCUCGGUCCGCACACCCGAGAGCUCUCACGAGGGGCUGGUGACCGACCCCCACAGCCCUGCCCGUUUCCGCGUGCUGGGCACUCUCUCCAACUCCCGAGACUUCCUGAGGCACUUCGGCUGCCCUGUCGGCUCCCCCAUGAACCCAGGGCAGCUGUGUGAAGUGUGGUAGACCUGGGUCCGGGGAGAAAUGGCCAGCUGUUGCUAGGGCCUGGGGCAGCUCGCCCAGCUAGGCUGUUUGCUCUGGGGUUUGGAAAAGGCAAAUGCCGGCUAGACUGGGUCCAGCCUCUCCACGCCACAGGUGACAUGAGUCCCAGUCCCUGCUCAACCACCACAUUGUGCCUCUGCUGUGGGGGUGCCCCUGCCUCCAGCAGAGCUCCCAUCAUUCACUGUGACAUCCUUCCAUGUCACCUUGCCUAAAAGGAGGCCUGGGCCGGGGGUACCAGCUCCACGAAAGGAGUCAGCCUUUCUAGCCCGAAGCUUACUUGGCUCGGUGGCCAUGGGGUCGGCUGUGCCUGCCGUACUCUGACAAUGCAGGGCCUGGGUGGUGUGCCUUCUGUGCUCCUCUGGAGGCUCACACAGUUCUCCCUUGGGAGUGCACUCGGUUCCUUUCAGCACCACCCUCAGGGGCUCCCUCCGCCUCAUGCUCCUCAUACUGCUGCUUUUCAUACCGCCGCCAGCCCUCACUGACAGACGGACUGUGCUCAGCUCUUAGUGGAGGCCUGAGGGCCCUUACAAACCUUGCUGUUGCCUCCCAGUUUCCCUGGGCUCAGAGUGGAAAUGUGUAUGCAUAGGGGAUGCUAGUUCCUGUGUCUUGAGGCACAGCUCUUGGGGUGGGGGUAUUGACUCUCUCUGGAAUAAGCAGGAAAGCAGAUAGAAUAGGGAGAGGGAAGGACAGAGUUUAUUUUUACAGGGAAGAGGGUGGGGAAGGUGUGGUCUUGGCCCUG